AGAGCUACGUGUCUAAGCUUGAGAGAAUCAAAGUUCAUAAUCAUCUGAUUUUUGUUGAGUUGCAAGCAAAACAUGGUAGAUGAGCAAGAGCGAUUGUUGCCAAUUGCGAACGUGGGAAGGAUCAUGAAACAAAUCCUGCCAGCAAGGGCAAAAGUCUCAAAAGAGGCUAAACAAACAAUGCAAGAGUGUGCAACGGAGUUUAUAAGCUUUGUCACUGGCGAGGCGUCUGACAAAUGUCGCAAAGAGAAUCGAAAGACCGUCAAUGGAGAUGACAUCUGUUGGGCGCUGGGUGCUCUAGGGUUUGACGACUACGCUGAUGCUAUUGUCAGGUAUUUACAUAAAUAUAGGGAGCUUGAAAAAGACAAAGCUACCCAAAACAAAGCUUCCUGCAGCAGAAGCUCUCGAGACAAAGAAGAAGAAGAAGAUUCGUCAGAAGACAAAAGUGACCAACAACCUCAUCAACAAACUGAAGCUCAAAAGGCUUGAAAAACAUAUAUAUGUAUGUAGUGAAUUGGAGAGAUGAGCAGAAUCAAGGACAAACAGGUUAUGAUCAAUAGAUGUUGAUCUUCUCUUAGCUUAUACUCAGGUUAAAUUGUAGCUUAGUUUCCUUGAUUCAGGGUUACAUUUUUUUUCUUCUCUUUUCUUACUUUUUCCUUCUCUCGCUCUCUCUGAUUCCUGGGAUUUUGCUGCAAAGGGAAAGGGAAACUUAUGUGAAGUUAAUUGUGAAAUGAAUGAU